CAGUUACAAUUACACCGGCGGAGGGACGGCACGUGUCGGUUCCGUUCAGAAGCCGUAAUGUAAUUCAGUCGUAUUUUUUACGAAUUGUUAUGUUCAGUGUUAGUGAGUUUCUGUGAUUAAUGUAGGAAAUAUCUGGAAACCUCUAAGCGUUGUUUGUUAAUAUCUGAGGUGCUUUAUGAAAUACUACAGAUUCGUAUACAAUACUGAAGCAAGAAGAAAAAUAGACGGACAAAAUGACAUAAAUAGAAAUAAAAUGGUAAAAGAGAUCGUUCAUACGAUUCUCCUUUCAAACCUAUUCAGGAAUAGUGGAAAAGAAAGAAUAAAAAAUUUGUAUGCAAGUAAAACCAACUUCAGAGAGAGACGAAAAAAUGGGUGUGAUAACCGAUCUCUUCAAUCAAGUGAAUUUGUGGACCAUGUUGAAACACAGACGAUUAAAAUGAAGCGAAAUCGAAUAGAUCAUAAGUUAUUUAAUAUUCUACUUUCAUUCCUCGUAUUUAACAUCUGUUUAUUUAAUAUGAUAAGUGUGUGCGGUGGUAGUGUUAAUAAAGUUAAUAUUGUAAAAGACAAUUUCAAUAAUUCUAAGGAAGAUUUGAAUGUGGACAUUAUGAAAGCUUUGCAGCAUAAUACUAGUGUUAUACAUGGUGACAAUAAUGUUGUGAGAAGUACUCAGAAAGUUCUGGAAAAGGAAGACGAAACAUCAGAUAAAUACUCCUCCGAAGUUCAAGAAUUAAGUAAAUAUUAUACUUAUUACAAAAAUAAAGAAGAUACAAAUAAUGACACAGAAGAAAAUGAUAUUUAUGUUGAGAGAGAUAUAUACGAUGAUACACGAGCCGUGGGAUAUCCCCACGACUUAGCUACAAAUCCUUUUUAUAUUAAAAAGACGAAUUUCAAUCUCAGACCUGAGGUACCUCAAUUUAAUGAGAAAAUAUUAAAGUUGGGAGUACUAUUACCAGCGGAUUCAACUCAGGUAUUUUCGUUGGCUAAAGUUUUGCCUAUCGUUGAAAUGGCAAUACCUGCUAUGACUAAGCCCGAUGGACCAUUACCAGGAUGGAAAAUAUUAGUCGAUUAUAGAGAUACGAGGUGUUCGUCUGUUGAAGGACCACUUGCUGCUUUUGAAUUCUAUGUGAAUGGCUCAGCGGAUGCUUUUAUAGGUCCUGGAUGUGAAUACGUUAUUGCUCCUGUUGCGAGAUAUGCUGGUUCCUGGGGUAUUCCAGUUAUCACUGCUGGAGCUCAGGCUGAGGCGUUCGGUUACAAGCAUCCAAGUUAUAUGACAUUAACUAGAAUGAUGGGAAGCUACACUCAGGCGGGCGUUGCGAUACGAAAAGUCUUUGAGGAGUUCAAUUGGCGUAAGCUUGGGAUGCUUUAUCAUAACAACAAUCCAUCUACCGGAAAAGGCAACAGCCCUUGCUUCAUGACACUCAGCGCCAUAUUCUCAGUUCUCCAGAAGAAAGGCACUGGGAAUAUAUCAAAUAUUCCCUUCGACGAAACAAAUACAACCACAACUAAAAUAAAAGAAUUGCUAAUGAAACUUUCUCUUUCUACGAGAAUUGUCGUAGUUUGUGCUAACCCGAGUACAGUGAGAGAGAUAAUGUUGGCGGCAGAUGAUCUCAACAUGGUGUCAUCUGGUGAAUACGUGUUCUUCAAUAUCGAACUUUUUUCCAAUUUAGCAUCCGCUUCAUCUAAAGAACCCUGGAAAGUGGAAGGUGAUAGUGAAGAAAGGAAUGAGAGAGCUCGAAGAGCGUAUAGUGCUGUUCUGACAGUCACAAGUCCGGCACCAGAAAAGAAAGAAUAUUUAGAAUUUUCCGAUCAGGUCAAAGAAUUAGCUGCCACAAAAUAUAAUUACACAUUCGGGAAAGGUGAAGUGGUUUCUACAUUCGUGGCAGCAUUUUACGAUGCGGUUCUUCUUUACGCCUUGGCCCUAAACGAUACUUUACGACAAGCGACAAAUCCUAGAGGACAACUUGAUGGAGCAGCUGUUAUCAAGAACAUGUGGAAUAGGACUUUUCAAGGAAUAACUGGAGAGGUCAUUAUCAAUGGAAACGGCGACCGUGUGGCGUCUUACUCCCUACUGGAUAUGAACCCAAAUACAAGCAAAUUUGAGGUAGUGGCGACAUAUGUGGCGGCAAACUCUUCCCUACAGUUUAUAGAGAAUCGCCCUAUUCAUUGGGCUGGCGGCCGUGAUACUCCACCUCCCGACACCCCCCGCUGCGGUUUCGACGGCUCCCUUUGCCCUGACACCUCUUUACCGGUGUAUGCUAUUCUGAGUAUUAUCUUGAGCUCGGUAGUGGUUAUCCUGGCCAUCCUGUCUGUGUUUAUUUACAGACACUACAAAUUAGAAGCUGAGAUAGCUAUGAUGACGUGGCGAGUAAGCUGGUCAGAUGUAUUGUUACCGGGACGUUUCCGUGGCAGUAUUCACUCAUUAGCUAGAAGAUACAGCUCGGGGACCGCAUAUUCUGAUGAAGCAACCUCCCUUCCUGGAGACCGUCAAGUGUACGCUCCUUGUGGCUUUUACAAAGGCUGUCGUGUUGCUGUAAAAAAGGUUGACAAACAGAGAAUUGAUCUGACCAGACCGUUAUUAUUAGAACUUAAGAAGAUGAAAGACCUAGAACACGAUCAUCUUGCAAGGUUUUAUGGUGCAUGCGUCGACCCUCCACAUUGCUGUCUUCUCACUGAAUACUGCCCAAAAGGUUCUUUACAGGAUAUUUUGGAGAAUGACACUAUCAAGUUGGAUUGGAUGUUCAAGGUCAGCCUGAUGCAUGACAUCGUCAAGGGAAUGCACUAUCUCCACAGUAGUGACAUAAAAUCUCACGGGGCUUUGAAAUCUAGUAAUUGUGUUGUGGAUUCCCGUUUUGUACUCAAAAUAACUGAUUUUGGACUGAACGCCCUAAGGACAUCUGAGAAAGAUGCUAAAGCACAUAGCUAUUGGACUCGUUUGCUAUGGACGGCUCCCGAAUUACUACGAAUGGCUGAUCCGCCUCCUGAGGGGAGUCAGAAAGGAGAUGUCUAUUCAUACGGUAUUAUCAUGCAUGAAAUAGUUAAUCGACAGGGCGUGUUUUGGAUAGGACCAGAUAUAGAUUUAUCACCCAAAGAAAUAAUAGACGCAGUGAAAGGUAGUAACUUACGUCCGAACACAACGUAUAACCGGUCUUGCGAGGCGGAUGAUGCUACUGAACUUAUGAAGCGCUGUUGGACGGAAGACCCUGUCGAAAGACCAGAUUUUGGACAUUUGAAAGGAGCUAUACGACGGCUUAAUAAAACUCAAGAAAGUAGUAAUAUUUUAGAUAAUUUGCUGUCACGUAUGGAACAAUACGCUAAUAACUUAGAAACAUUAGUUAGUGAACGUACACAGGACUAUUUGGAAGAAAAGAAGAAGUGCGAGGAAUUAUUGUAUCAACUUUUGCCAAAGUCGGUAGCCUCUCAACUCAUCAACGGACAAUCAGUAGUGGCGGAAACCUUCGAACAGGUCACUAUAUAUUUCUCUGAUAUUGUUGGUUUCACCGCUCUCUCUGCCUCCUCCACACCAAUGCAGGUUGUGGACCUGCUUAAUGAUCUGUAUACGUGUUUCGACUCCAUCGUUGAGAAUUACGACGUUUAUAAAGUAGAAACAAUAGGUGACGCGUAUAUGGUAGUAUCCGGUCUGCCUGAGCGGAAUGGCACGCGCCACGCUUGUGAAGUCGCACGGAUGGCGCUCGCUUUACUUGAUGCAGUCAGAAGAUUCCGAAUACGACACAGACCAACCGACCAGCUCAAGCUGAGGAUCGGAUUGCAUUCUGGUCCCUGUGUUGCCGGGGUGGUUGGUCUAAAAAUGCCCCGAUACUGUCUAUUUGGAGAUACGGUAAAUACGGCGUCUAGAAUGGAGUCGAAUGGUGAGGCUCUUAAAAUUCACGUGUCUCCAACUACUAAAGCAUUGUUAGAUACAUUCGGAACAUUCCGUUUGGAGUGCAGAGGAGAAGUUGCAAUGAAGGGAAAAGGAGUUCUAGUCACAUAUUGGUUAUUAGGAGAAAAAGUGGAUAUGAGUGCACCUAAGGAGACAAAAGAAAAAAAUCAACUUCCAAAAUUGCAAAAUCAACUUACGGAAAGUGGAUCUCUAUCUCAUCUUACACAAUUUAGAAAUCGAUUAGACCAAGGAUCUAGAUCGUCUAGUAGAAGAGGUUCCGGUAUUCUGGUUCAAAAACAAGUAGAUCUAAGCAAAUUGGAUAAAGAGGUCCAACCCAUUUUACAAACUAUAAGUAUCCUGCAAAAACAGCAUUCAGAUCCUACUGAACCGAUCUCUAAUGGCGUAGCAGAUACUGACGACAUAGACAAACUAAGUGUUAAUAAUGCUAUACCACUUAAUGUGAACUCCCUUCAUAAUAAUUUUAAUCAGACAGGGCAGCCAAAAGUUAAAUUGAAAGAUAGUCAGAUUAACUUGAUUGGAAAUCAUAAAACGAACAAAAUAGGCAAUAACAACUGGCUGGCGAAGCUACCUACAGCAAGUUCCUUUGACAACGGAGCUAAAAAAGUUAGUGAAAGACUUAAAGACUACAGCAGUGUACCUCUGUUGUCAAAAGUUGAUAAACCUAAUGAUUCCAUUGUAUGAGCAUAAAAUAAAUACAUUUUAAGUCAUUAUAGCCAGACAACUAUUUUAAGUAAGUUGAACUUUUAUAGCCACCUAAUGACAAAAAACUAUGUGAAUGUGACUUUAGGAUGUUAUAAAUGUUGUGAUAUCCUGUCUUUUAGCAUGAAUUCCUGAUGCUUAUUAUUAGUGACGCCAUAAUAACGAAAUUCAAUAUAUAUGUAUAUUUUAAGUAAAUUAAUUGUAAAUAAUUUUUAUCAAUGUGACACGUACUUAAAACAUUUAUGUAUAAUAUAAUUGUACAUAAUAAUAUAAAGAAAGGUAAUUAUGUUAGUUUUGUGAUAUUUAACACGUUUAAGUUACCGCUAUUAAAGUCAGAACCAAUUAAUUAAUUUGUUAUUUUUUAAAUUAAAUUAUUGUUUCAUUUUAAAUGAUUUAAAAAACACUAUCUUUAUUUAGGCCUCACGACCAAUUGAUACGUAUUUAUUAUAUUUCAAAAAACAUAAAAUACUGUACAUAUUUUUCUUGGACACUUAAUCGUGGCUCUAGAAUAAUGUAAUUGUGGUUAAAAUGUGGUCGACGAGAAUAAAUGUUUACGAAAUAUAAAUGAAAAUUAAA